CAGUUUCCUCAGAUGUGCCCAGUUUCACUAUCCAGCAUUGAAAUAGUCGAGCGCGCUGUCUCCUGUGACAGCUCUUGUUUUUUUGAGCAAUCAAAUACUAAAGAGCUAGAGGACAUUGGUUUUAAAAGUUAGUAAAACAUAUCAUGCAAGAAAGCAAUUCGAAAAGCACACUUCUUUUCAUCAACAGUAGUCACUGCCAGUUGUAGCAGCACAGACUUUAAACUUGCGAACCUAACAACAGAUGUAAGGUGCUACAUGUUUUCGAUCCUUAAGAUUAGUCCUAUAAAUAAGCCAUAACUUAAUAUGUACAGUUUUACCUUCAUGUUUAUAGUAAAAAUGUGGUUGCUUUAGUCCGUAUUCAUGGACCAUUAUUAAGUGACAAUGUAUAUGAAAUUAACUGGCAGUAUAUAUCCUAUAUUAUGUAUCUAGGCUCAACAAAUUGUUUGAAAGCAACUUGUCCUGCAGGAACCGUAAUCUUGUUCUCCAGCUAAUGCUAUCACAAUGGUUAUCGUAAUGGAAUUAAUUGAGUGGAUUUGAGAGUAGCGACUAUCAAAUUAACUUUUGUUUUAGAUCUUUUUGUUACCCAGCUUCUUCACAGCUCCAUUUUAAUUAGAUUUAUUGUAUAUUUGGUAAACAAUUGUACUUAUCCGGCAGGACAAGUACUACAGCAAGUUUGAGUCAUUCCGAGCCAAAUUCUACUCGUAUUUGCGAGCGGACGAGUGGAUUUGCUGAACCCUGUUUUGGAGAAAUGGAUGUGUAAUGUUAUGGCGUGUGAAUCUUUCAGCCUGUCUGUCUUUCUGUCCAUCAUUUUCCUGCUUGGAGCAUAACUCAGUUACCAUUCAAGGCACAAAAACAAGUGUAUUUACUGUAUAAAGGGAAGUGUAGAAAAACUGCUGAACACCUGUCACCAAGACCUUUAGCCCAAAGGUCAAGGUCGCACAGGUGUAUAAUGUUUGCUGUAGAAAAACUGCUCAUGGUUAGUGGUAUGAUGACUAGCCAGAAACCUGCAAAGAUUUGGGUGAUUCUGACAGCUUGGGCAGUCACCAGCUUACUAUUGCAGUUAAAACACCAGGGAACUCUUCCAAUGCUUAUAAUCAUGUCCACAUGCUUUUUUAUUAGAUUUUUGAAUAUCAGACUACAUCUAGCCUUGAUAUUUUGACCUCCCGGUGUUCAAAUCUUCAAAUCUACAUGUACAGUAUACUGCCCAAAAAUCAUAAAAAUUAUAACUGGGAGGUGCUUGCUUUGUGUGGGACAGACUGUUAAUAGAUGAGCAAGCUCAUUAGGAGCAGAGUUAAACAGAACCACUGAGAAUUAAAACAGCGAUAAAGAUUAGAAGGUUUCAGUUGCCAGUCAUUCAGGGAAUAGUCAAUCUACUCUUAUAUACCAAGGGAGACCAAUCAAAAAAUGUAUGAUUCUUAGAUGAUUGCAGGGUGCUGUGUGUGAGAUUGAGAUAUUUCAGGUUCUUGUUGUGUUGGUUAUGAUCAACUGCAACAAGAUUAUACUUUAUUUUGCAGAAUAUUAUGAGAGCAUUUCGAUACGGAGAUAUUUGAGAGAUUUCCAGUUAACAUCUUUAAGCAUUAAUUUAGGGUGACACUUCUUGUUUAACCAUAGAUGUUGCAUACAUAUUGAGCUGCUGAUCAUUGUACUCACUCAGUUUCAUGUGAGCGGGACUUUUACCAUGGAUGCAAAAUGGUUUACCACUAUUCAAACUGUAGAUGGAGAUAGAUUUUAACUUGACACAGAUAGUUACAGACACCACCACAGGAGGAAACACCCUGGAUCUAUUUUCAACUUCAAAACAAAAACCAAAGUUGCGGGACAUGGCAGCAGCGCCAUUGGGCAGUACCAGUUCUUUAAGUUUGGCUCCAUCCCUGGGUUCUAGCUGUGACAGUAUCAAUGUAGAAGACAUGAGCCCAGGUCAGUUAUGCUCCCAGGCUCAGUUACUAGCAGGAACAGCAGCUCCAGCUGUCAAAGUCUCGGCAAGACGGUCUUCUGUGUCAAGUAAAACAGCAGGCGUGACGCAGUUCUUGACCUCUGCCCAGUUACAGCUUCUUCAGCAAGCUGCUGCAGCACAAGCAGCCCAUGUGAAAGCCCAGGCUCAGGCACAAGCUACAGGUAAAGGACAAGGAAAAGUGCAAGGUGUGUUCCCAAAAUUAGAUCUGGCAAACAAAGUACAGAACGUUACUAUCAGCCAGCAAGGUCAAGUGAAGGUCAUCCCUCAGACAACCUCUAUAGCCUCUGUUGUCAAGGGAAUAGCUCCACCAAAUGUCACUGUUCAGACAAAACCAGAAUUACAGGUGUUGAAUCUGGAAAUAGAAGUAAUGUGAAAAGACCACGCGAAACAGCAAAGUGCUCAUCUACUACAUAACAGAAAGCUUGACAACCAGCUUGAAAGCGACUACGUUCAUCCAGUCUCAGGUUCCUGAAACUAAUCGAGCAUACCAGCCUGAAUUCAGCAGUCUGAGAACCAGCCAGAAAUAAAUUCAGCAUUUGCGAGAGUGGCUGACAUACCUACUGUUGCUUCUCCAUCCCCUUGUUUCGGCAUAUAUAGUGGAAAUGUGAGUAGUAAUGAGGUGGCAGAAUCACUACAGUACAGGCCAUGAACUUCAGAGAUGAAGAGUACAACGUGUAUGAGGGAAACAGUAAUGGCAGCUGUAGAAAACAUAAUAAAAGGGUCAUGUGUAGUUAUAAUCAUUUUCACUUAAUCAAGCUGCACUUAAAGUUAUAGAAGAGCUGAAUAAUAUGUAAAAAUAUAUAUAAAGAAAAUAUACAGCUUUUUUCGUGUAUGUGCGUGCGUCCAUCUGCACAUGGGUACAUGCAUCUGUCCAGAUUAAUUUUGUUUGUCCUGACCAUAACUUUCAGGGUUGCCAGCAGUCUUGAAAAGUCAGGGAAACUGGUUUCUUUUUCAAGGUUAGGGAAUUGUCAGGGAAUUUUAAAAUUUGGUCAGUGAAAAAUGAAAAUCCUGGAAAGUCAGGAAAAAGUCAGGGAAAAACGAUUUCAAAGCUCGAAGAAGUUAAUCAUUUUAAACUUUUGUGGCUAUGGCAGUCUUCAAGCAUUAAAUUUAAGUAAUUAAAAACAAAGUUUAAUGAUGUAAUACUGUAACAUGCAUUUGAUUUGUUUAAAUCACCCAUUUUUCUUUAAACACUGAUUUUGCUUGAAGACUGAAAGGCUUUGCAACCCUUGCCCCAGAGCUAACUAACAUUUUUUUGUUAUUUUGUAGGAAAGUGACACAUGAAGACAGCCUACAACUAACAUUAUUCUAAUACACUUUUUUUGUUGUAGGUACUCCAGGUGUUUUCUGGACACUGUAUAUUAAGAGAUCUUGGAUUUUGAGAGUGAUGUUUUGUCAAUAUGAUUCCAGUGGUCUUGCUGUUAGUCAUGGUGUUUUAUUGUUUUUGUCUCUAGGAAACUGUAUAAUAACAGAUCUUGGAUUUUGAGAAUGAUAUUUUGCUAAUACUAGCAGGGUUCCAAUGGUCUUUUUAUUAACCAUACUUAAUUGUUUUUACCAUGAGGAAAGUGUACCUUAAAAGAUGUUAGAUUUUUGAUAGUUACAUGUCUUGCAAAGAUGCUUUUGAUACGUAUCUCUUAAUAAUUAGGUUUCACUGACCAAUAGUCACAAUUAUGUUCCAUUGACUUGACCACCAAACAGUCAUACAAGAAAGAAAGCCAUGUUUAUUAUCAUUGUGUUUGAUGUUUAUGUUUAAUAUAUUGGAAAAUAAAUGUAAAACAUUUGGAAAAAAAAUAAUGGGAGGAUUGGACGGCUAUAGGGGAGGUCAGGAGGCCAUUUAAAUGUUUGGCGGUUUUGGUCAGUGAAAAACAUGAAUUGGUCAGGGAAAAAUCUGGGAAAAGUCAGGGAAUUUUUUUCACCCAGAGUGCUGGCAACCCUGACUUUGACAUGCAUGGAGCAUUCUUGCUUAUAUUUGGCAUGACUGUUAACCUCAGUGAGAUGGAAUGUCUUGCACAAUGUUCCUAUCUCAAAGGUCAAAGUCACAGUUAGGAGUCAAAGUUCAUUUGAGAGCUUGUCCGUGCCAUAACUUUGUUAUAAGUAUGGAGCAAUCUUUUUUUUCUUUGGCGUAAAUGUUCACCUCUAUGAGACAGAGUGUCAUGAGCAAACCUCUGGUCCCUAUCUCAAAAGUCAAUGUCACACUUGGGGGUCAAAGGUCAUUUGAGAGCUUGUCCAGGCUGUAACUUUGCCAUGCAUAAAGCAAUCUUUUUUUUAUUUGGCAUAAAUGUUUGCCUUAAUGAGGCAGUGUUGUGUGCAACUCCCAGACCCUUAUCGCAAAGGUCAAGGUCAUACUAAGAGGUCAAAGGUCGAAAUUUGGUGCAGUUUUCCUUGUCAGUGCUGUAACUCAGCCAUGGAUUGAGGGUUUCUUAAAUAACUUGGCACACCUGUUUGCCUCAAUGAGACAGUCUGUCAGGAGUAAGUAGUUGAAAGGUCAAGGUCACAUUUAGGGGUUAUAGGUCAAAGAAGUUGAUGCAGUUUCUCUUGUCUAGGCUGUAACUUAGCCAUGGAUGGAGAUGUUCUUUGAUAACUUGGCAGAAAUGUUUGCCGCAAACAGUUCUGUAGCUGCCAGAUAGUAUCAUAAAUGUUAGUCCCCUCUCCCCAUCAAAAUACAAACAAACAAAACAAAACACAAAAAGAAGAAGGCAUUUAGAAAAAAUUAACAUAUUUUUGGAGUAUUUCAGCUAUAUAUGAGCCGUGCC